UCAUCGUGUCACAAGGCAAACAACAUGGCUGCUUACUUGGGUGUACAUAUUUACCAAUAGCGUUCACUAGCCGUCAAACGCCAAACUUUAAUGUAUAAUAAUACUAAAAAUAGUUUGAAAUAGUUUCUUGAAAGCAUAUGUACAGUGGUAGCUUUUAUUUCACAGGAAACGCGCUUUAAAAAGGUUUAUCUGGGUGGCUGCGUCCCAUAAAGGCAAACCUCCCAGUCAGUCAGCUGGAGUGGCACCAUGGCUUCGGCGUUUGUCGUCGGGGAUACAUUCAGAAAUAAGGUGACUGAGUUAUUAGAAAAGACAGACUCAUCUCUCCCCCAGCGAUUGAGAGAAGAACUGGUGGAGGUUCUUGAGAAACCGGAACCAACAACCCUGUCCUUCAGUACAGCGAGAACACUCAAGAACCACCUCCAGGACAAAGGGCAUCCUUUCUACCUGCAUGAGUUGUUGGAGGAUAGCCCGCUGCACCUGCCUGAGGUUGUGAAGCCUCCCAGGAACCCUGAGCUAGUGGCACGUCUCGAGAAGAUCAAAGCCAAACUAGCCAACGAGGAAUACAACAGAAUCACACGUAAUGUCAACACUCAGGAACUCAACCGCAAUGGAACAUUAGCAGAUUUUGGACUGCAAGUGCGAUCAGUCAAAGCAGUGGCGGUGACCAUAUUCAACUUCCUGGUCACAGUGAUCGCUACUUUUGCCUGUUCGUAUAUGGGAAGUCAGUACCUGUUCACUGACACUGCAGCGCGGGUAAUAUCAGCUGUGAUCGCUGCGUCUGUAGUCGGGCUCGCUGAGCUGUAUGUGCUGGUCCGGACCAUGGAGGGAGAACUAGGGGAACCGUAGGAGCAAUAACAGCGAACUGUAGCAGCCCUACAAGCAGAACUGUCGACAUCUCACUUUGUCAUGACACCUGUUUUUAUUCAACAGGGAAAUUGGUAUCAUUGUUGAGUAAGUUACUGAGAAUUUACAAAUCAAUGACUCUAAUGGCACUAAAUGGAAAGUUGGAACCUUACAAGAAAAAAAAACUUGGUCCAAAAUGACUGAAUGUCUGUUCUUUGACUUUGUGAAAGAUUACUGUUUUAUCUGUUCUCUCUUUAUAUUUUAAAUCAAAGUAUGAGCGAUGUCUCUUAUUUAUUUGCAGCUGUUAUAUAUUUCAUGUUUUUUCCCAAAGUACAACGUCUUGUCUUUCUCCGUGGCACUGCCCUAUAAAAUAAAUGCUCAUUUAAUUCCUUCCA